GCGGGGAACCGCGGGGAGGGGCACAGGGACCCCCCAUAUGUGGGUGCAGGGAUCCCCCUCACAUGGGGGGCACAGGGAUCCCCCCUAUGGGGGCACAGGGAACCCCCACAUGGGAUCACAGGGAUUCCCCCUAUGUGGGUACAGGGACCCCCCAUAUAGGGGCACAGGGACCCCCUCACAUGGGGGCACAGGGAUCCCCCAUAUGGGGGCACAGGGAUCCCCCCUAUGUGAGUACAGGGACCCCCCCGACAUGGGAUCACAGCGCCCCCCCACACACACCCCAUGGGGUCACAGGGACGCCCCCACUGGCACCGCGUUAUCCUCCCCCCCCCGGGGUAUUUCCGCUGCCCUGGGGCCGGAUGCGGGGCCGGGGCGGGCCCGGGGCCGGGGCGGGGGGAAGCGGCGGUACAAGAGCCCCGCGGCGGGGGGACCCCAGAGCACUCCAGUCCCGGCGCCGCCAUGGAGGAGGCGCAGCGGCUGCUGACCGUGUCCGUGUGGAAGCUCUACCGGUGCCGGUUGCAGCGCGGCGGCCUCCGCCUCCACCGGAGCCUCCAGCUCUCGCUGCUCGUCCGCGCUGCCCGGCACAGUUACCUGACCGCCCGCGCCGCCGCCGAACCGGGACCCACCGCGGGGAACCCCCUGGGGAUGGCUCCCGGGGACCCGCACAGGGGAGACCUACCGAGAACACCGAGCCCGGACCCCCGCAGCACCCGGGACCGGGGGGACCCAGCGAGCCCGGACCCCCGCAGCACCCGGGACCGGGCGGACCCAGCGAGCCCGGACCCCCGCAGCACCCGCGACCGGGCGGACCCAGCGAGCCCGGACCCCCGCAGCACCCGGGACGGGGAGGACCCAGCGAGCCCGGACCCCCGCAGCACCCGCGACCGGGCGGACCCAGCGAGCCCGGACCCCCGCAGCACCCGCGACCGGGAGGACCCAGCGAGCCCGGACCCCCGCAGCACCCAGGGCCCCGCGAACCGGGAUCAGCCCCAGGACUCCCCGAGCUGGUACCGCGCUCCGCCGAGCUCUCCGAGACCGCCACCGCCCCCCCGGGACCCUCCGAGCGCUCCCUCCGUCGCGCCGCCGCCUGAGCCCGCUUCCCCCGGAGCCGCUCCGGUUGCACGGGUCGGGCGCAAACGGCGCAGCAGCGGCUCAACCGGUCCCGGGCCGGUCCCGGUGCCGAGUAAACGGGCGCGGCUGGAGGCGGAGGAGCCGCCGCUCGCCCCGGGGCCGCCCGGUCGGUGCUCGGGGCCGCCCGCCGCCGCCUUCGCCUUCCUGGUCCGCGCCGUCGGGGCGUGCUGAGCCCCCGCUGCGGACACACGGACUCUCGGGGCUCCCGGUGGGCCCCUCCCUCCCCCGGUAACCCCCCCCCAUUCCCAUGGCCGUGCUGGGGGGGGGCUCCAGGCUGGUCCUGCCCCCUCCUCCCCCCGAAUUGUGUUUAAUUACUAUUUUGUUAAUGAAAUAAAGUGGUUUCUGUGCA